GUUUUUACCCUAAAUAUUUUGAAAUACGAUUAUUUCACUUAAAGUAUAACAAUUAAAAUAAAAUAGUUUUAUACCUAUUACUUAAAAGGGAUCUUAAAACAUCGAAUAUCGACGUCAAACAUCGACUGCUGAUUACCAUUUUAAAACGUUGCUUAUUUAUUUAAGAAAAUUUUAUGUAAAAGUUUCUUCAGUUCUGGUUGUAAUAGAUUGUUUAAUCAUUUUCCAGUUAUUUUUGCUGAUAAUAAUUGUUAAUAUCAAGUAUAACAGAUGUCUUCUACCUUCAAAUAUUUUGCCUAUGGAAGUAAUUUAUUGGAGAAAAGAAUACACAUCAAUAAUCCAACUGCUAAAAGAAUAUGCAUUGCAUUACUUAAGAAUUAUCGUCUUGAUUUUAGCUAUUGGUCAAAUCGAUGGGGUGGAAAUGCUGCUACUAUAGUGCCAGAUGAUUCUAGUUUUGUUUGGGGUGCAGUGUGGGAAAUUGAUAAUUCAAAUUCUGAUGAUCUAGAUAGGCAAGAAGGGACAUUUAAAGGAGUUUAUAAGGCAAUUGAUGUCCACGUCGAAAACCUGGAAGGAAUGUUACUUAAGUGUCGUUCUUAUCAACUCUGUGAUUUACCCCAGUAUUCCCCAUCAUUACCAGUGACAAGAUAUCCUUCAAAAGUAUAUUUAAAUACAAUUUUAGAAGGAGCUGUUGAAAGUCAAUUGCCAGAGGAAUGGGUUGAGUUCAUAAAGUCCAUACCAAAUAAUGGCUUUGAAGGCCCAGUAAAUUAUCAAUUAGAUGAUUAAAUUCAUUUUAAAACAUUGUACUAAGCUAUUUGAUGAUGUCUGAAGAACAUAUUAUUUAAUAUACUUAAAUAUAUUACAACUAAAACAUAAAUUAGUUCAGUGCUUAGAAAUGUGAUUUCAUUUAUUGGUAAAAUAUAAUGAAUGUUAUGUAUAAUAUUUAUAUGUAUAAUAUUCAUUAAGUUAUGUUAUAUGAAUGAUAUAAAGAAUGAUAUGAACUAUUAUGAGAAUUUAGUGUUACAA